AUGAGCAAAAAAGCGCAUGGGUUUAUAACAGAUGCUAAGAAACUAGUUGGUGCUUUUGUUGCAAAAAACAACUCUGACUUUACAGUUUUUGCUGAUGUUUGGAAAAAGCAAAAUUUUUCCAUGGUUUUUCUUGGACGUCCUAAUGAAAAAGAAUUGUUAGAAUUCAGUAGAAGGAUCCUUCAAAUAACCAUGGAGCUAUUCUAUGAUUCAAAAGCAGAUGAGACUAAAGUAGGAUAUCUGUUCUUGCUUUAUGGACUUGUUCGAUAUCAACCAAUUAACCCACCAAUCAAGGCUCGUGUUACUCUGGAGCAUUGGGAACACAUUGAAAAGUUACGUGAUGAUGCAGAAGCCAAGAAAAAUACAAGUGUACUUUUUGUCAUCAGAUAUUUGAUUCGUAGUGGAUUUGAUUUUGUUGCUACCCCCAACACUGGUAAUUUCUCUUUUUAUUAUUAA